AUGGAGUUAGGUUAUGCCGACCCUGGACAUCCACAGCCAGCCAACAAGGUUGAAGAUACUGAGGUCAAAUCUCCGACAUUUCCGACAACUCAAGAACUUUCUACUUCAGCAAAAAAAGAAUCCUCUCCACUUUCUAAUAUACCACCUGACAUGCCAUCUCAAGGUCCACCUUCACUUGUUAAUGGUGACGACCGUGGUCGUGAUCGUGAGAGCGGUGCAUCUCGUCCACGAGCUCGAUCUCGCUCUCCUCGCCCCCGCUCUUACUCUCAAGCUCUUCGAGCAGGAGUAUCUCUAGAGGAGAAAGAAGGAGGAGGUGUUUUCAAUCUUAGUCUUAGGACUACUGAAAAAGACUUACAAGCUAUCUUUGAACGUUAUGGAAGGGUUAACCAAGUGACUAUUGUCUAUGAUCAUCGGAGCGAUCGUUCUCGUGGGUUUGGAUUUGUCUACAUGAAUUCGGUUGAAGAAGCGUCUGUUGCUAAGGAAAAAACAAAUGGGAUGGAACUCAAUGGAAGAAAUAUGCGUGUAGAUUAUUCGUUGACUCAGAGGCCGCAUACACCGACCCCCGGUGAAUAUAUGGGGGAUAGACCAUCACGUUUCCGUGGAAAUACCUAUCAAGAAGAACGCCUUCACGCUCUAGAAGUCGAAGCUGGUCAAGGGAUAGAAGAAGAUCUCGCAGCCGUAGUUAUUCGAGGGGUAGAAGAAGGUCGUAUAGCCGCUCUAAAAGAUCUCGUAGUUAUUCUCGUUGAAAAGAGGUCUAAAAGAGUUAAUGAAACCCUUGAAAUUCGGAUUCAAAAAGAAUAUUUGAUUUUGAAGGAUUAUAAUGCCCAGUAG